AUGGAGAAGCAAAUGCAGCAACUCUCCCUGAACAGCGCUUGCGACAAAAGUACGAAAAAUCAGAGUAGCACGUCUCGUAGCAAAUGCAAGAAUCAAAAGCCGUCCAUUCCGAAGUCAAAAUCGGUGUUCCAGAAAACCAGAGAGUUAAUCGAUAAAAGAAUAAAUGAGCUUGAGAUAUAUUAUAAGAAAUUAAGCAAGAAACAAAAUAAUCCAAAUGAUGAAAACAGUAUGGAAGAUGAAUGCGCUAAAAUGAAUCUCAUAAUGAAUCAGCUCAAUGCUUUGCGUGAAUUGAACGAAGUUCAUCUGUCCGAUGUGAAAAAGAUUAAACGGGCGAAGAAUAAACAAAGAAAGAAAAUUAAAAAGAACUUCAUUAAAUUAAUGGGAGAUUUCCAACGUUACAAAGAGCUUCUGUCAUUGCUUCAGAAUGCUGAAGUAAGAGAAGCAUUUCGUACUGGAACUAAUGGAGCCAUAAAACUGUCAGAAAACGAAUUGGAUUAUUUGUAUUGGUUAAAUAUGGAAAUUAAUCCAUCAAUAAAUUCGGUUGAAAAUAAAACAAUUUGGCAGAAGAAAUUACGAGAGAGUACAUUGAAAGCAGUAGAAAUCGCAUUUGGCUCAAAUAAAGAAAUUAUUAGCUCUUGGACAGGUCAAAAUACAAAACAUUUAUUGGAACGAAUUAGCAAAUGUGAAUUUUUCAGUGGACGUACAAUGUGGGUAAAUAUGGAAAUUUUUACUCGAACUAAGGCGAAUGCAUUUUCAAACGCAUUUCAAACUUAUCCAUACUACUACUGCUACGAUGAAGAGGUUGCAUGUGAUGAAGAUGCAGAAUUUAAUCCUAAAGGAACAUUUAAUGAUAAAACCUCAAAAUGCAAUCUUCAAAGUUUCAACAAUAAUACUGCCACUGAUUCAAAUGUCCAACAAUGCAAUUCACAAGCGGAAAAGAAACCAUCAAGUACGAUGACAAAUACCAAAGAGAAUUAUAAGUUUGUAAAGAGAAGCGACAAACCUGACGAUUAUUAUCUUUGCUUUAAUUAUUAUCCUGCUCGUUUCACCGCAGACGUGAAAGUACCGCCAUCAUUGGCACGACGACCGCCACCAGGAAUAUUUCGUUGUGAUAUCUGA